AUGGCUUCAGUCGCCCAGGGUGAGGUGAGAAUCUCUCGGCAAAACUCCGAGCGUCGCCAGAGGUCGAGAAGAGGUCUCCGGUCACCGGAAGCGGGGUCUGCGGAUGGCGAGUUACCGCCCGACCAGAUCCAGACCCGCGCGCCAAAAAGCGCCAAUAGACCCCUACAGACGGGGCUCUAUGGGGUUAUGCUGUUCAGCUGGGGUUGCGGGAUCUACCAUACAGGUGAUGAGUCACCUCCAGUUAUCGCGAAGUACCAGCCCCAAAGAGAUGAUGAGUGGAGUCUCGGCCUCAAAGACUUGGUGUUAAAACCCAUCGUAGAAGACCUGUACGGAAAGUUACAAGCGGCUAUGUACAGUUUCGUUAACACUUCCUCCUUGUUUGGCGAUAAACUUCAGGGAUAUAUAGACGAACAGAGGAAGAUAUUCGCAGAAACUGCGACAUUCCUAACAUACAUCCAUAGGAACUUGAACAAGAUUACUAUUGACAGAAAGAAAACGCUGAUUCCGUUGAAUGACCAUCAUGUUUUCUGGGAUGAUGGAAAAGAGAUGGUACUCUUUGGAUUGGACACGAUGUACGCAGCUCAUAGUGGUGGACCAUACAAGAUGGAUACCAUAAUGAUUGCUGAGGAGAUGCGGUUUAGCACCUUACAGGUCAAAGGUUUCUUCGAAUUGGUAAAGGGGAUGAAGUUAGAUCGAUUUUCGUUUGCAGCUGUAAUAAACGAUUUGGCCGUAGAUCUUCAAAUGGACGUACGGUUAGAUGAGAACAAAAAUAGAAAAAUGUCUAUUUUAAAUGGCUGUUCCUAUAAAACACUUCGGGUUACUGGAUACAGAGAAAUGAUACUAACGCUGCCAUCUUACAAGCACGAGUCAAUAGAAAGCCUGAUAUACGGCCACUUAUUGAGUGAGUUGCCUAUAGCCAUUAGGAUUCAUUUGAAGGCCAUUUUACGCGAGGCCUUACGUCCAACCACGACGACAACAACACCAGCGCCCAGAUCAAUGGAAAAGGAGAACCAAAGUGGUGCUAUGCCCCCUGCAGAAUGCUCAGAAGAUGACGAUUUCAAAGAAGAAAACACCAAACAAAUUGUGAAGUUUAAGAAUGCUUCACAAGAAGCAGUACAACGGAAUGGAACGGGUACUCCUACAGCCAAAAACGACCGGACCAAUUAA